AUGUCGAAGGUUGCUCGUUAUUUCGAGUCAAAUCAAACACGUGUAUUCGUCUUAAUGGGCCCAUGUGGAUGUGGCAAAUCUUUUAUUGGAGAGUUAAUCUCUCAAGAAUUGAAUAUUCCCUUUGUCGAAGGUGACGAACUACAUCCGGAAUCAAAUAUCAACAAAAUGAAAUCAAAUAUUCCGCUUGAAGAUUUGGAUCGUUAUCCAUGGUUACAAGCCAUUAUAGAUAAAGUCAUAGAAUUAGCAAAUACAAAAGAUCCAUCAACUAUUUUAGUAUCAUGUUCGGCAUUAAAGAUUGAUUAUCGUAAUUUUUUAAGGAAGAAUUUUAUUGAAAAAAAUAUUUUAGUUUGGUUCGUUUAUUUAAAAGUUGACAAACAGGUAUUAAAAGCAAGAUUACAACAACGAAAAAAUCAUUUCAUGAAAAUGGAAAUGUUAGAAUCACAGUUUAAAGAUUUGGAGGAGCCAAAUAACGAAGAGAAUGUUUUUACUAUAGAAGCCGACAAUAAUACGGAUUUGGUAAAGAAAAUUGUCAUUGAGAAUAUGAGUAUAGUUUUGUAA